CGCUUCAGUGAAUAUUCACCUGAAUAGACAGAUUGAAUAGAUAAACGUCACUCGGUAAAUAUACACGUCGUUGUACCUGAAGAAAAAUAAUAAACAGGACGUACGAAAACCAGGGGACGUUUCAGGAUGAGAUGAGGGUAAUUUGGUGUUUUCUUGUCAUCUGCAUUUUAUGCACAAAUGUCCACUCGAGACAACUUCAUCAACAGCAGCGCCUAAGGCAACUUCUUCAACAGCGGCGACAAGAAAUAAAUGUCAAAGUUUCUGAUUGGUUGAUAUUGAAAAACGAGGAAUAUCGAAGAUGGCUUGGAAAGGUGGCGUUUGCCAGCUGGAAUUAUGAAACGGAUCUAUCCAAAGAAAACGGUAGAAAGUUGAAUGAAGUCAAUAUAAGAUUUGCAUCAUGGCAAAAGAAAUGUGUGGAAGAGGCAUCGCAGAAAUUAAAGAUUCCCGGCCUGGCAGACGAUACCCGACACCAACUUCGGAUUUUAUCUUAUGACGUCAAUCCUUCUGACCCAACAAAACUCAGGAAAAUGAACAGCAUUCAAACCAAAUUAGAAGAAAUAUAUGGAAAGGGAACCGUAGUUUUCAAUGGUACAACUAUCCAACUAGAGCCAGGCAUAACCAAUAUCUUCGAUUCAUCGCGAGAUCCUGCAGUUUUAUCCGAUUUAUGGGUGAAAUGGCGAGAUGCUACCGGAAAGAAAAUGGCCAAUCUUUACACAGAAUGGGUAGAACUUCAAAAUACUGGAGCAUUGGAACACGGUUUUGAGAACUUGGGAGACGCUUGGCGUCAGAAAGAAUUUUUUGACACACCGGAACUUGUAGAAAUUGUUGAAGGAUUGUGGCAGGAGAUCAAACCUUUGUACGUUCAGCUGCAUAGUUAUGUUCGCCGGAAGUUGAAAAAUUAUUACACUCAGCAUCAUCCGACCUACGACUUUCCAAAUGAUGGAAGUAUUCCUGCGCACCUAUUAGGAAAUAUGUGGGCACAAGAAUGGGAUAAUAUCUUUGACAUUGUACAACCUUACCCGGAAGUGAAGGAACCGGAUUUCGAUAAGAUAAUGGUGGAAAAGGGUUACAAUGUUGGCAACAUGUUCCGGAUUGCAGAGGAGUUUUAUACUUCUAUAGGACUGUAUAAAAUGGUGCCUGAUUUUUGGAAACGCUCAAUGCUAGUCCGUCCUAAAGAAAAAGACAGGGAGGUGCAGUGUCACGCCUCCGCUUUUGAUUUCUACAACAAUGAUACUUUUAGAAUAAAAAUGUGCACAGAAGUUAAAAUGAAUUAUUUCCAAACCAUACACCACGAAAUGGGUCAUAUAGAGUACUUUAUGGCCUAUCGGAACCAGCCUGCAGUGUACAGAACCGGAGCUAAUGGUGGAUUCCACGAAGCCAUUGGAGACACAAUUGCACUGUCAGUGCGCACGCGCAAACAUCUUCAGACCCUCGGUUUACUGGAGGAAAAUUCUGUGUCUGAUGAAGAUAAAAUGAAAUCGGACAUCAAUUAUCUGAUGAGACAGGCCUUGUUAAAACUAGCGUUUCUUCCCUUCGGUUAUUUGGUGGAUAAGUGGAGAUGGCGGGUAUUUAGUGGAGAGGUCACUCCCGACAAGUACAAUGAGGAAUGGUGGAAAAUGAGAUUGGAGUACCAAGGAGUUACCUCCCCUGUCCCACGAACAAUAACAGACUUCGAUCCUGGGGCGAAGUUCCAUGUUGCAGCUAAUGCACAGUAUAUCGUAUAUUUUACCAGUUUUAUCCUGCAAUUCCAAUUUUAUGAAGCCAUGUGUAACGCUAGCGGUCAUCAGGGACCACUUUACACGUGCGAUUUCUACAGAUCAAAAGAGGCAGGACUCAAACUUUUGAAUAUGUUGAAACUUGGUGGCAGCAAACAUUGGAAAGAGGCUUUACAGCAGAUGACUGGGAAAUCCAAAAUAGACACAGAACCUUUCAAAAAAUAUUUUCAGCCUUUAACGGAUUUUUUGAAGAAAGAAAAUAAAGGGGAAGUUGGUUGGGCAAAGGCCAACAUAAAUUGGAAACAGGAGACAAAUAAAUAAAGAAUAAAAAGCAUUGCAUCUGUA